CAUUGAGGAGAUCGCCGCGAUCCUUGUUCUAAAAUUCAAGGGCAAUCCUCGAGGCCGAUAUGUCCCAGCCACCACGAUUGAAUCCAGGGGCAUUUUCCUUCGUUCCGGGGCAAGUUAGGCAGCCCCCUCAAGGCUCGAGCCAGUCUGGGCCAGGGGUGCGCCCUACCGAUCCGACUUUUCAAGGACACCCAGUGGCCCAGCAGCCUAACCAUCCCUACGGGCAGCAGCAGCACUACCCAAAUUACGGUCAGUAUCAACCAUAUCCCCAAUCAGGUUACCAGCAACAAGGAUACCCUGGGAGUGGCUAUGGUGGCGGCCACAGCGGGCACAACGCUCCGCAUUCGACACAAACAUACAUCCCACCCCAGCUGCGUCAGCAGCCGAACAACGCCCAGCCUCAGCCUAAGAACCAGCAAUUUUAUAGCCCCUCGCCUGCGGAGAAUCCUUCUGUGCCUCAACGAAGCGAAAUUUUGCCCCAACAGGAUAAGGUUCCACUCGAAAGACCAGAGCCGACCGAGACUCCUGCUGCCCCUUCUAUAAUAAAACUCAAUAUUGGAGGAGUCUCUGGCACCGCGUCGAAUCCUCAGCCUCCCUCUAGCACAGUUACAUCCGAAAAGGAGCAGAAUUCGUCUCGUACAAUCAAGCUAAACAUUGGAGGCAGUACCACCCCCGCCGAUACCUCUUCCACCGCUACUCCUGCUGCCCAAAUAGCAACAGGUUCUGUUUCUUCCAAAAAGGAACAGCUCUCUGAUAAGCUUGCUAAAACAUCCGGGACCACCACCGUUGUGUCCAAACCCGCGAAGAGUUUUAAUUUCACUUCGGAGAAAAGCCAGAAGGAUGCCGAUGCUGUCUUGAAUGAUACGCUUGCUGUGGCUGAUCAAGAUACUAUAAAAGAUCUUUAUGGAGACCAGAAUGUGGUAGAUCCUAAUGUAAAACAACACAUGAACGUCGUUUUUAUUGGUCAUGUUGAUGCUGGGAAAUCUACAUUAGGUGGUCAACUUCUAUAUUUGACGGGCACGGUCGAUAAGCGCACCAUGGAGAAGCAUGAGCGAGAAGCAAAGGAAGCUGGACGCGAGACGUGGUACUUGAGCUGGGUGCUGGACUCGACUACUCAAGAACGCGCCAAGGGCAAAACUGUUGAAGUGGGGAGGGCAUACUUCGAGACCGACGUACGCCGAUACACUGUUCUCGACGCGCCCGGCCAUAAGACGUAUGUUCCGUCCAUGAUUUCUGGUGCUGCUCAGGCCGACAUCGCGAUUCUCGUUAUCUCUGCCCGCAAGGGUGAAUUUGAAACGGGGUUCGAAAAAGGCGGACAGACUCGUGAGCAUAUCAUGCUUGUCAAAACCGUCGGUGUUUCAAAAGUCGUAAUUGUCGUCAAUAAAAUGGACGAUCCGACGGUGGAAUGGUCGCAGGACCGAUUCAAUGAGAUCAAGGAUAAGCUCACUCCAUUCGUUAAAUCAGCGGGAUUCAAUCCGGCGACGGACGUGAAUUACAUACCGAUCUCGGCGUACACUGCGGCUAAUGUGAAAAACCCAGCCGGGGCUACUGCUCCCUGGAUCAAGGGACCGUCCCUGCUGCAGCUUCUGGAUAACCUACCAAUCACGGAUCGAAAGAUCAAUGGCCCAGUUAUGAUGCCCAUCUCCGAGAAGUAUAAAGAUCUUGGGACAGUUGUGGUUGGGAAGCUAGAGAGUGGGAAAAUCAAAAAAGGCGACACGCUUUUACUUAUGCCCAAUAAGGCCGAAGUCGAAGUGUUGGCCAUCUUCGCCGAAUCGGAGGCGGAAAUAGAGCAUGCUUUUGGGGGAGACAACGUUCGUGUUCGACUACGUGGCGUCGAGGACGAAGAUGUUAGCCCUGGUUUUGUGCUCAGUUCCCUGCGGAAGCCGGUGCACUCUGUGAGGCGGUUCGAGGCUCAGCUUGCUAUUCUAGAUCACAAGAAUAUCAUUUGCGCUGGGUACAGUGCUGUUAUGCACGUGCAUACCUUGGCCGAGGAAGUAUCACUGUCGGCGCUGUUACAUUAUUUCGAUAAGAAGACGGGGAGAAAAUCGAAAAAACCUCCACAGUUUGCAAAGAAAGGCCAGAAAGUAAUCGCCCGGAUCGAGACAACGGCACCAAUAUGCCUUGAACCAUUCACGGAAUAUCCACAACUGGGACGAUUCACUUUGCGAGACGAGGGAAAGACGGUUGCUAUUGGCAAAGUGAUUCGGCUACUCGAGGAAUCUGAUAUCACCGAAGGCGUUGCCAAUAUUACUUUAGAAGGCCCCUCUUCGACCUCCGUCAAUGCUUAAGCUCCUCGGCAGCUCCUUGAGCUAGGGCAGAUUAUUCGGUAGACCUCGCCCCGAACAGGUGCUCAUAUAAGCCGAGAACGGACGAUGCUCAUUCUGAUUCUUCCUGAGAC